AUGACAGAUAACAUUGCCCUUAUAUCUGAUAAGAUUAAAUCAGCGGAGCGGCUGAGAACGUCACAUACACACCUGAACACAGCAGUUGCUAUGGCGUCACGAGCCAGGUGGGUCUUGCUGUCACUUCUGUGGACGCUGUGCCACAGUGCAAGCACCAUCCAAGAUGGUCUAGCACAGAAGACGUGCCUAGAGCAGGGGCCUUCCGAUGUGCCCUCGAGGAAUACAUCGCUCCCGGGGAGCCUCUCCAUCAAACCUCACGAGGCGAAAUGGAGGGUCGACUUCGCCCUCAGCGACGACAGCGGAAAGAGAGCCUGCGUAUCUCUCGAGGUCAUCAUGGAGAAGAUCCAGUUGUCGUUGUAUAACACUGAAUUCGCGGAAGAGAGCAUCGCGGACUUCCAACGGUGGCCUCUCAACUAUGUGCGGAGAGGCCAAUGGACGCUCCUUAAUGUAACGGUAAAGUCUAACGCCCUCUACCUAAGCACUCAACUGAGUGAGCCGACCAAGUUGGUAAUGCCAGACAAAGACCUGCCUAAAGGAGUGCUUCAAGUGACGAAAUCGGGCGGUGCCAACUUCUCACUCGAGUGCCAAGUGAACUGUCCGGCGACAAUCGGCUCCACGGAUAGGGGUGAGGGCAUACUGUCCACUAUUAAGGAAAUGAGAAGCCCCUACGAACACUUCUACUUGAAGCCUGGGAAAGGGUUCGCUCGCCUCAACUUCGAGAUCGCCUGCGAAACCCUCCUUGGCUACGAAGUAACCGUAGGCGAGACGGACCUCAGCAAAGACGAGCUGGCAAGGCUUGUCCCCCUGGAGAGGUGGCACAAGAUCUUCCUCGAGUACGACAAAGAGGGCGAACACUACAAUGUCCUCGUCGACUACCGGCAAGCCAAGGUGAUCGGAAACGGCCUCUCAAAUUGCCAAGAGUUCAGAAGCUUCUUAGUGAGAGCCGAGGGGGAAACCUUCGUCAGCUUCAUCUGCGACCCGGCCACGGGGGAGUACGAGGCCAUGCCUCCUGCAUGCAAAGCUGCAAGCAACGAACCGCUAUUAGCCACAUCGAUCGCAGCCGCAAGUUUUAUCACGAUUGUGGUAGUUGUUACAGUGUCAUUGUUAACGCUUUACCUUCUGGGGUAUGAACUAAAAAAAAAAAAAAAAAAAAAAAAACAGUACCUCUCAAAAAAAAUUGCCUGUGCAAGAAGAUGCGAAGAAAUUGAGUUGUCGCAGCCAUGCUAAAGACAUUUUAAGAACUAAAAGAGGCAAUAAGUGCGAUCCCUUCGCGCAUCAUUAUGUACAAGAGUGGGCUCGUCCUCUCCUCAAGAGAAUCUCAAAAUGCAAAUCAGCAUCCUGCAAGAAGGAGGGUCCAGCGAAGCCAUGCACUGACCAAGACAUAUAAUAAUUUAUUCUAAUUUAUUUUUUCAACAUGUAUAAAAACAAAUCACCGUUUGUAAUACUUAUUACCUAUUGCGGUAUAUAAUCUCAGUUAUAUUUGUCUACAAAACAAAUAAACACCAAUCACGC